AUUGGCUUAGCCUUGGGAGAUCAAAUCCAGUUUGCCUUGAAUCAGAAACUGCGAUCAGUCAGAUGGAGGAGAUGGAAGGCAGACCGGGAGUUUUCGUCGUCGGUUCCUCGGGUGUCGGAAAGCGCACCCUUCUCUCUCGAUUGCUCUCUGUAGAUUUUGAGGAUUCAUCAUCUCAAACAGAAGUUCAUGGAUGGACGAUUAACACCAAGUAUUACUCUGCGGAUGUAUCUGUUUGGAUAUCACAUAUUUGCGAUGAUGACCACUCUUCUCUCCCUCGCUCACAUCCACUUGUGGCCUUAGUUAUGGUCUUCGACUUGACUGAGCUGUCAACUCUUGUUGCUCUUCAAGACUGGGUUUCUCAUCAUGCGGCCGACAUCACCAGUUUUGAUAUAUUGUUGUGCAUUGGGAACAAAGUUGAUCUUCUCCCUCAUCACCCAGCUCAUGAUGAAUAUAGAAGACGUCUUUCCAAACCAACUUCCUCCUCUACAAAUCUGUAUUCAGACAUUGAUGAGUUUGGGAUCUCCGAAAGUGAAGGAAGUAGGCUGUUGGGGAGCGACGAUACCUCACUCGAUAUCAGGGGAACAUGUCUUGACUGGUGCCGCGACAACAACAUCGAGUUCAUUGAGGCUUGUGCAUCCAAUCCUGAUUUUGACAUCUGUUUAUCAGUCGAUGGGGAUUCUCAAGGGGUUGAACGUCUGUUUGGUGCUCUUUCCGCACAUAUGUGGCCUGGAAUGAUUCUGAAAUCGGGUGAUAAGAUAAAUGAACCGGUCUUACCUCCUGGUGAAGAGUUGUCAGAAGAAGAAUCUGAAUAUGAAUUGGAGUAUGAAGUACUAUCAUCAGGCUCAGCCGAUCCAUGGGAAAAUAUUGAUGAGAGAUGGGUUUCCGCAAGUGAAGCGCAUUCAUACGUAGAUGCUGGCGGAUCCACCUCACGGGAGGUAGAAAAUAAUGUGGUGAAUCCAAACAAAGUUAUGGAUGAAGAGCUGCGGUCUUCAGGGACACUGACUGAGACUGUAGUAACAACAGAUCAGAAACCUUUGGGCACAGAACACGACAAAUUUUAUGAGUUGGAAGACGUGGAACAGUUGAUGUCAGAAAUAGGGAACAUCCGUGACAACUUGCGAUUGAUGCCUGAUUUCCAGAGGAGGGAAAUAGCUGCAAAUCUAGCGAUGAAAAUGGCUUCCAUGUUUGGAGGCGACAGUGAUAACGAGGAAGAAUCUGAGUGAGCCCGUUUAUAUCAAGUAUCUCUGAAGAUCAGCAACAUGAACCACAGUUCAAUCCUUUCUUUAUGAAUUUUUUUUUUAAAUCAGAAUGAGUUUCAUGCUGUAUGACAGACUCUGGCAGUAAUACUAAGCAAUUGCACGCUCUAAUGUGAAGCUAGUUAGCUAUUAUAGCUAUUUUGGGUCGACAUGUUAUAUAUCUCAUUACUUUUUCUCUUGAUGUUUACUGU